AUGAGCACAAAUCAAUAAUUCAAACCUAAUUUAUUCUAAUAAAAAACAUUUUUUUAAGGAUAUUUAUCUUCCGCCCUUUUAAAAGAUAUACACAAUACUCUAGGAGUUCUCUACUACUAGUAAAGAUCAAAUGAAUAAGAUAAUUAUAAUUAAAGUGAAAAUGAAAAGAAGCUAUCAUAAAAUAAGCAAAUACCCUAUUAAAUAUAGGAUUUCGACCUAAAUGAAAAUGAUUAAAUUUACAAUGAGUACAAAGAAAUAGGACUAGCUAUUGCUAUAGGUCCUUAAUAUUUGCUCUGCAACAUAGAUAACAUCUUAAUCAAUGAUUAAAUAGUUUAAGAAGAUAGACUCCUAUUUAGGUGCUAAAAUAGAGAAUACAGGGUUAAGCAAAUCUUAUAUCAAUAAGAAGAGUAUGUAAGUAAUACUGAUGCAGAUAUUUUGGAAUAAAAAACUGAGGAUAAAAUCUUUUCUUGUGAUUAUGCUGUUUUAAUUAUAGAAAGAGAAAUUUAAGAAUAUGUAGGAGUUCUUCAAAUAGAGAAUAGCUUUUAUUUCUUAUAGGAUUAUGACUAAUAUAAUGAAAAUAAGUGUUUAUAUGUUCUCAGUAAUACUUUUUUACUUGAAAGAUAUGUACAAGACAUUUAGCAAAAUACAGUUUAUAUAGAAUAAAUUAAUCAAUUAGAAUAAAUAUGCCCUGUUUAUAUUCACAUGGAUUCUAAUCAAACUUCAUCCCCACUUCUUAUUGGCUUUUACAAAAAUGUUAACAAAUUUAAGUAAGGAAUCAUUCAACUUUUUGACUCAAAUACUUUUUUGUAAAUACUUUCUUGGGUUUAAGGAUACUAGUCCAUUGCUUAUACAUCAAAAUACACUCAAGAGACCUAAUACCCUUAUUAGAAUGAUAAAUAUCUGACAAAGGAGACUCUACAAAAAUCUAUUGAAGAAAGAGAUAAAAAGUUGAAUGUAGAACUAAAAUAGAACUUGUAUAAAUAAGGAUGUGUUUGGAAAUUAUAAAGACUCAAUCAUAGGGUUAUGUGCAGUAGCUCAGGAGAUUUUAAAUUGAAAAUAUGGGAUACUACAACUAAUACUUUAGUUAGAGUAUUGGAUUUGGGAAAUAAUAUUUGUAGAGAUUUAGUCUGUUUUAAUGAUAUUCUAAUAUGUGCCUGCGAUAAUGUUUUAUAAAUUUUUAAUUGGGAAACUGGAUAAAUCAUAUAAAAAUUGACAUUUAAAGAUAAGAUCUAAUGUUUGGGUUAAUUUGAGCUACAUAAAGAUGUGAUUGCCACAGGACACUAAAAUGGUUACAUUCAUAUUUUGAAAUUUUCAAAAAGAAAGAGUCAAUGGUAGGCUAUAUAGGUGAUAAAAAAUAAUUAGCAUGAAGAACACGGCCAUGAGUCAUUUGUUAACAGUAUUGUUGGACUUAAUAAUUAUGAAAUGGCAAGUGCAGGAACUAAUGGUUAAAUUAAAAUAUGGAAUUGGUAGAGUGGUGAAUUUGUUAAAGAAUUGCAAGCUCAUCUGCCAAACAAAAGUGUUUAUUUCAUGAAAUAUUUAGCAGACAGAGAUACUUUAAUUAGUGGAGGUUCCGACAAAUCAAUAAGAAUUUGGGACUUAAAGAAUAAUCAAUUCAAAGAAUUUAGUUUUAAAAAUCCUCUUUAUACAGUUGAGUUAAUAACUUCUAGGUAUCUAUGUGUAGGAGAUGGUUAAGAUGUUAUUAUUUAUGACAUCAAUAUGAAUAUUUCUACAGUAAUUUACUCAACCACAUCAAGAGUAAAUUCAAUAAUAAAAUUAAAUCCUAACUGUCUGGCAGUAGGAGAUACUGAUGGAUAAAUACUACUUUUUAAAUACUCUUUCAAUUAGAGUAUAAAUGAGUGCUAUUAGUUCAAUCCAAAUGCUUUUAAUUCACAAUCAUCUAACAAAGAAGAAAACACAAUUAGCAGAUCACCUUCCAAAAAUGUUGCAGAAACAUUUUGUUAAAAUGAAAAAAGUGGAAUUAAAAGCUAAUAUUAAACAGAAAGCCAUCCUAUUUCCUCUCUGGCUUCUCCAUUAGAGUAUAAUACAAAACAGUCAUAGCCUCCAUCAAAUUAAAAUCAGGAUUCUUCUCUAUUAGUAUAAGUAAAUAAUCAAAAUGCAAACAAUGAUUUGAAUUUGUUGUUAAGCAACAGAUCAAAUUUAAAAAAGAGCGAAACUCUUUCAAAUUAAUUCAAGAAGUAUUAGACAAUUAGCUAGAAUUUAAAAGAUUAAUUUGUGAAUCAAAGCAGCCAAUUAACAACAAGUCGAAAUGAAAACAAUAAGUAGAGUAUCUAAGAAAAUCCUUUAAAUAGUAACUUUGGAUAGUUAAGCAGCAAUUUUACAUUGUAGGGUUCCUCUAAUAAUAAUUUCAUAACAUAAUAACUCUAAGACUAGCAAUGUGAAAUUAAUGAAAAUAGAUAAACGCUUAUUAAUGAAUAAAAUGUUUUUAGACUUAAAUUAGAAGAUAGGGAUGAAUAACUCAAAAAGGUUCAUUAAAAGUAUGCAAAGCUAUUUGAGUAAAUAUUUAUCAUUUUAGAGAACUACGAAGCAAACAAAUUAGUUUUGUAGCAUUUAAAGAAAGAUUUUGAAUCUAUAAAUUAAGACUUAAGAAAAUACUUUACUAAUAUGGAUUUAAUUUACAUCAAGCAAGUUAAGAAUUUAGAAAGCAUAAUGCAGAAUAAAGAUAAAGAAUAAUAAAUAUAAAUGAAAACAAUACAGGAUGCUCUUCAAAAUAAAUAAAUUUAAUUAGAAGAACUUUAGAAAUCAUUUGAUAAUUAAAAAAUGAUUAUUGAAUCUUAAGUGGAGGAUUCUUUAAAAAAAAAUGCAUAUAUUGACCUGCUCUCAAAAUAAAUAAAUGAAAAAGAUAAUAUGAUACUGGAUUCACAAGAUAGAAUUAAGGAACUUAUGUAAUUAAUAAAUGGGCUACAAAAUAGGAUGUCUGGUAAAACAAUAACAAAAAUAACUACUCCAUCCAAAGAAACUCCUCUAAAAAUAUAAUAAUUUAAUUAAUAGUCAAGGAAAGAUAGUUAAAUAGAGAAAGAGAAUUCAUCUUCUUUUUUGACUGACAAGGUAAUAUACUCAUACAGAAAUUAAAGUAAAUUUUAAAGCUCAGAAAAUCACCAAACAACUUCUGAGCCAAAAAUACCUACAAUAGUGAACAGCACAAAACUGUUAAAAAAUGCCUAAUACCCAUAAAAAGGUAAUCUUAACCAAGUUGAUAAAAUAUUAGAAUAAUCUUAAAUAGAAAAGAGUAUUACAAACUCAAAUAACUCAAAUAUGACUGAGAAAAUAUUGUAAACUAAUCUAAUUCUAAAUACUCCAAUAAAGAAAGAUUAAUUUGAUAAACAUUUGAAGACUGAUAAUAACCUAACAAAUUCAAUCAAACUAACUAGCACAGAGUUUGAUUAAUAAGAUAUAUACGAGUCAUUGAGCUAUAAAUUAAAUAAUAACAUUUCCAAGAAUAGCUAAGGAGUGAUAAGAUCGAAAUCAUAUUCUAAGCCUAGUACUUAUCUUUAGAAUUCAUAAACCUCUACUAAUAUUAAUUAAGAGAAUUCUACAUUUAGAAUAAUUCAUAGUAAGAAUGCUACUCCUGACAUAAAAGAAAAAAGCUUAAGUACGUUUGAAAGUAUUUAAAAGCCAAUUCUAUAAAAUAACACAUCAAUUAUCAAUCAAACUGCAAAUACAUAAAUUUCACCAAUUAAAUCUUAAUUUUCACCUAUGUCUAAAACAAAUGGUUAAAUAGUAAUUAAAAUACCUCAGCCAACUCAAGUUUGUACUUAAAGUAGAGAGGAUUUAAUUAAAAUUGUUAAUGAUCCUCAGCCACCAUCUCUAUAGUAAAUACUUUAAACAGCUUCAGAUAUAGAAAAUAUGAAUUCAAAAUAGCCUUUUGAAACAAAUAAAAAUAUCUAAUUUUAAUCCAAUUAAAAUAUUCUUGAUACUUAACUAUCUAAAGAGAAUUAUGAAACUAUUUUUUCAUACAUUUCUAAGGAAAACUAAUAAAGUAAGAAAUAAUUAAAUUAGAUCCAAAGCUUUGAAAGUAAUUAGCAAAUAAUAAACAAACAACUUCCGAAGUAAGAAAAAUUAAACCAAUUUUCAGAUUAAAUAUCAGAAAAAGUAAUAGCAAGUAAGGUAGGAAAUAUAACUAUUCAAAGCAGGAUAGUACGUAGUACAAGCCAAAAGCCUCAUCAAAUAUAACAAUGA